AUGGAUUCCAAUUAUUGUCAAAUACAUAUGAACCAACCAAGAGUGGUUCUUUUUGCUUCGGAAUGGCGAAAAGACAAGCUGCCCAUUGAUGAUGUAGAAGUUCGUCUCGAAUACCUGCCUCCCAUGCCAGAAGAUGAACUUACAAUUCAGCAUUCAAGUGCGAAUUUAAUUCUCAUGAGAAGUAAGCAGCUACGACAUGAACCGGCUUGGAAGGAUAUGGCUUUGGAUGAUUUGGUCGAUCAGUUUGCUUUUGUGCAAGGAUCACAAUCUCAAACGGAAGAAGUGUCAGAAGGAAAUCAAAAGAAGAAUCUGUUUCAUCCUAUCCCUAUGGCUAGCUUUUUACAAGCAAACCGAAAGCACCAAGGUGAACACGCAAGUAUACGUUAUAUUCGGUGA